AGUAGACUGUAGGGCGCCGGAGCGAUCGCCCACCAGUUGAGUUCCAAGUUCAAGUUCGAAAUUCAAAAACUCUGCCAAAAAUAAAACCGCCGUUUGGAGUGUUGAAAGUAAUUCUAUUUUUAAAAAUAUUUACCGUUAAUUUUAGUUGUGCACGUAGUGUAAAAGUUUUAGUCCUGUGAACUUAAACUUUUGUUUUGAAGUUUGAAGGAAAACGCAGUGAACUACAGCUAUGUAACACAGUGACAAUGGCGUCUGCACUCAUGGACUGGCGGGUUCGCAGCCAGCUCGACAGCUUCCUGCUGAAGGUCGACACCAAGACCUGAGUGAUGCACCGGCGAAGAUAAACGGAGUAAAAUGGAGUACACCUCUGUUUUUCCUACUGAUGUGGCGUUACUUCUAAACGACACAGCAGCUGAAUACGAUGACGAUGAUCCUGACGCGGUGACACUGCUCUCCGUAUUGCUUGUUGGAAUAUUCCUCUCACUGCUGAUAUUCCUGAGCGUCGCUGGUAACAUCCUGGUCUGCAUCGCGAUAUACACAGACCGGGGCUUGCGAAGGAUCGGGAAUCUGUUCCUGGCGUCGCUUGCGAUCGCUGACAUGCUUGUAGCGGCCGCUGUCAUGACUUUUGCAGGAGUCAACGACUUGCUCGGAUAUUGGGUUUUCGGCGAGCAGUUCUGCGACACGUGGGUCGCGUGUGACGUCAUGUGCUCUACAGCAUCGAUACUCAACCUGUGCGCCAUCUCUCUCGACAGAUAUAUACACAUUAAGGAUCCUUUGAGGUACGGCCGAUGGGUCACUCGAAGAGUGGCGAUCAUCACAAUCGCCAUGAUCUGGUUACUAGCGGCGCUGGUCAGCUUCCUGCCCAUAUCCCUCGGCCUUCAUCGACCUGACGAGGAGGCACUGGCCACACAGAAACCGCCCAAGUACCCGACAUGCGCUCUGGUGCUGACCCCAACGUAUGCUGUGGUCUCCAGCUGUAUUUCCUUCAUACUGCCUUGCAUAGUCAUGAUCAGCAUAUAUUGCAGGCUCUACUGCUAUGCACAGAAGCACGUGAAAUCAAUCCGCGCGGUGACCCGGACCGUCCAAAUGCCGGAUAACCGAACAAAAUCAGUCCGCACGCGAGUGCACACACACGUACACUCGUCCCCGUACCACGUAUCUGACCACAAGGCCGCAAUCACGGUUGGCAUCAUCAUGGGCGUGUUCCUACUCUGCUGGGUGCCGUUCUUUUGCGUCAACAUUGUCGCGGCAUUUUGUAAGACUUGUAUUCCUGAUCUAGCCUUCAAAAUCCUAACAUGGCUAGGCUACUCCAACUCAGCGUUCAACCCGAUUAUCUACUCAAUCUUCAAUACCGAGUUCAGGGAAGCGUUCAAGAAGAUCCUGACGUCAAGGUACCCGCUCUGCUGCGGCUACCAAAGCGUCAGAGCCAACACUCCAACGAGAAACGAUAACUUUGUGACUGAUUAUGGAACGAAGACUUUAGUGGUACGUAGAAGCGGUUCCUUAGGUCUAUCCGGGGUUGACCCUACUCCACGGUCUUCAGCAGAAUCGGUAAGACCACUACGAGAAUACCAUAUCUGACAAGAAGACGGCGCCAGCAACAACGGGCUACUUGACAAAAGUGAUGUCGUUUAGUGCCCAAAGCCUUUUUUCCGUAGUAGAUUACGUAUAGAUCAACGAAAUUUGGAUGAAAUAUAAACAAGAAUCCGAAAACUAAAUAUUCGAAGAAAAUACUUUGGGGAUUAAUGAAUUAUUCCUGUGGUGAUAUCAAAUUUGAAGCAGGGAUGUAGGGUCGAUGUUUGCAUAUCUAUGUUUAUAUUCAUCCAAAAAUUCAUCCUCUAUGGGCCUGUUAUAAGAACCUCAUUUCUUUUGUGACCAAAGAUUCGAACAAGCGAUAAGUGACUUGUAAAAAGAUCUCACUCGCUUAUAUGAAUCUACAGCCUUUGUGACUGGGAUGCUUUGUAUUAUUUGAACUAGUUCAAGGUUUAUUACUAGUAUAUUAAAUUACAAAUUAGAUAUUCCGCCUCUAUUUUUAUAUAGCACCAAGUCUUAUAUAGGGCCUAUAGAGGAUAAGGAGUGUAAGUAAUCUUAUAUAAAAUUCGUUCUAUUUAGAAACAAUAAAAUCGUUUAUAUUGUAAGGUAUAAUAGAUGCAUGAAUAAAAUAUUUUAAAAACGUAAUCAGUAUGAACUAUUAUAUGUGCGUAAUUAAUAACGUCCUUUUAUUAAUCAGAUAAGCUAAUACACCCGGAUAACGAUCACCAUACAUAAAGGGUUAAAACCCGCCAUAGUAGCUCACGUGAGUGCGUCGCGUUCCGUGAUCAGUCUGUAUAUAUCCGGUUCCAACAGGCCGGCAUAAUUGUGUCGACUGCCGAGGAGUAAUCAUCUCUCGUCAGUCGAUAUUUGGCCCCACUUCACAUUCAAUCAGGUGCAGUAGGGCCAUUGCCGUGAUCAUUUAAAAAAAAAUAGAAAUUUAAACUUGGUCAAGUACCCAAUAGACCUAAUCAUAAUAUAUUCAACCUUAUAUUUAAAAAUGAAAGCUAAUGCACAUAUGACAUUUCAUAAUGCUAACGAUAAAUCGAACUUAAUAAAGUAUCGCAUACGAGUAUAUUCAAAUACAAUAUUUGAUAUCGAUAUAGCAUUUCGUAAUGUGUAUUGUGAAAAGCAAGAGGUCGGAGUGUCGGUAAGAGAUAUUGGGAACGUAUGUUAAAUUUAUGUUAAUAUAUUUGUCGGGGUAGAUAUCGUAAUCGUCGGUUUAUGCCAUCUUUGCUUACCAUGUGGGCUUUUCGUAGGUAAUGCGAACAAAACAGAGUAAUCAUUGAAAGUACAAUUUAAUUCCAAUCAUCACGCUUCUAAUUGUUCAAAACUAUAUUAGAUUAGGAGGUUCAGGACUCCGUGUUCUUCCACCAUACCAUUAUUACAAUCAAUUACACUCUGUAUUUCACAAAAUAAGUAAUUACUCCAUUGUUACAAUAAUAUGUAGGUACUUUCGCCAUAUUAUUUUUACAAAAACAUUCCAUAUUCAAACUGCUAUUAAAAGCACACACCGCAAUGUACAGAGGUUGCAACUCAAUACAUGAAUACUCUUUGCACAUUAUAAUAUAUACCGCUCUCAAUGAAAAGGCGCAACCAUAUCCUUGAUAGUUUCUACAAGGUGUUCAACAUGGAGGUAUGUAAUUCUCGCUUGAGGCAUAGCGGCUACUCUGUUACACAGUAAACUAUAUCUCGCAUUACGAAAGUAAAAAUAAGCUCGAUCUCUGACAUAUUAAUAAAUAUAGUUACAACACAUUCUUGGUAAAGUUGUUAAGAAAAUAAAUAUAAAUGCAAGUUUGCCCGACUUACGGUUUAGAGAUAAGAGAGAUCUCAGUAAAAUUUUGUUAAAAUAUUUUUAAGAUUAUUUUAAUUUAUUGGAUUUUUUUUGUUUUUAUUACAUAUCUGGGUACUGGUCGUUUUCGCAUUUUAUCUAAUUGAUACUACAAAUGUUUGUUUGGCUGUGUUAUUUAGUUACUUACAGAAUUUUAUUAGUAAAACAAUCUUAAAGAGAAGUAAACUCUGAUGUAGUGUUAUAGGUUAUUAAUUCUAAAUAUUUAGCCUUCUAUAAUUUACGGCAAUAAAUAUCUAAUCAAUGUAUAAAUAGUGUAAAUGGAUCUCAAAUGUGGAAGGGCCUUUUUACAAGUUUUAGGUAAAUUUUAUUUGACAGCUGUAAACAGGUAAUGUAGAUAUUACCCAUUUUCUUACCUUUUAUUAUGGAGUAUAGAUUUGAGUACGACUUUCGUAUUUGGUCAGCUUAUACAUUGUUGUGACGAAUAGUAUUUACUCAAACUUGUGAAAUAGUACUUUAAUAUCUAAUCAUCUGUCAAUUCGUUGAAUUCAAUAGCACGUCUCCGAUUUAAUCUCACAUAAAUCUCCUGUGAUACUUUUGUAAAUAUAGUAUAUUUGAAAAUUAUGUAAAUAUCAUUAGUAAUAUAAAUAUAUUAUACUUAAGACAUGAUAUAGUAUACUCUAUAAUCUGAUUUGUUUAUGCCAAAUAAUUUUAAAUGCUAAUGAUUAAGUAUUUAAUGUAGGAUGCAAUUGCGAAUAAUGUUAUUUACAAUGAACAAGUGUACAUGUCUUGUCAAUAUAUCAAUAAUAUUUACCGUUCAUUAUAGAGCACGCAAUACAAUAUGGAAUUUAUUGCUUCCAAUAUCAACACAUCGCUAUUAAGUUUAAAAAUAACUAUGAAUUUAUUAGUGGUACAUACGGUAUGUAGAACAUAAGAUAACAGCAAUGUUUUUCAUAAAUCUCGUAUGUAUGCAAAUUUUAAAAAUCUUUUGAUGAAACGUCUGGGGUUCCAUGAAUAACUUACAUAGUGUUGUCUUAGGUCAUCAUGAGAAUAUUGUCUUUACUAAAAAUACUAUAAAUAGUGUAACUAAAAUUUUAAAACAGCAAACAUUUAAAUUAAUCGUCGAAUGUAUUUGAAAAAUGAAUGCACGCGUACCAUAUUCAAAAAAAUAAAACCUCUUAAUUUUUUACUUUUUUUGUAUUUUCUCGGAAGUUCAUUGGCUCAUCAUAUCUAGCAUCGAUUGCCUUUGCGCAAAAUAACUUCUCUAUAUGAGUCUUGUAGAUAUUACGUUGCUUUCAAACUAGUCAGCCAUAGCGACUUUUAAAAGUAAAUGUGUACUUUCAUACAGAAUUCAUGUGAACAGUUAUUGAGUUUCUCCCUUUCAAUGUAACAAGAUAUUUUUAGUAAGAGUGGUAUAUCCACCUAUGAACUGAACUUUUGCCAUGCAACGCUAUUUGAGAUAUAUUUAAUCAUAAUAUUUUUUUAAAACUUUUAUUUAAUUUUAAACAUUUCUAAGAAAAUACAAUGAUCGCAGUCCAAAUAGGAUUUUAAAAAAGAAAUAUCGUAAAGAAAAACGGCGGUUUGUCUGAAUUGACAAAUUAAAUUAAAUUACACUAGAUGUACUUAUGAAUUAUUAUUGUCAAGUAGAUUGUUUCUAUUUUGAUAAAAUCAGGAGUGAAUUUUACAUCAUUUAGUAACACUAAUGAACAGCAAUAUAUCAUAUUAUACUUAUAACUAUAAAUGUCCAUUGUCAACUUUCAUUCCACUAUGUUUAGUAUCUUAGUAUUUUCCCUUUCAUAAAUUAGGUUAAUUAAGCUAAAUAAUUUAAUGGGGAAAAGCGCUAAUGAACUUUAUUAGAAUAAAUCUUGUAAAUUAUUACAAUUAAUCAAAUAAUUAUAUCUUAGCACAUAUCACUCUGUCAUUCCAAAAUAAAUUAAUUACGUGUAAAUAUUUCAUUCUUCAAUAAUUAUUAUUGUAUAAAACCCUAUAAGAUUAGCACAUUGUGGUUUGUUAGCAAUAGAUAUCCUAAGUCGUAGAAUGAGGUUAAUACAACAUGAAGUUUUUGAGUUGGAGUAAAUAUGUUGGUUUACUUUUUAAUCAAGAUUCGCCUAGCUAUUCGCCAAUACUCAAAAUAUGGCAUAAUUGUUUUUAUUUUAACGAAGUCUAUGUAUUCUUAAUUCAGUUUUUUCUUUAUUGUUUUAUUUUUAGGGGUUAUAGUUAAAAUGUCUGUUAGAAAUUGAAAAUGGACAAUUAAACGGCAGAUUUUCGAAGCAAGUCCCGAUCAAUUUUAUUGAAAAUGCAGUUUCCAUUUCAAGCGCCCUUUCGCCGCUUUAUAUAUUCUAUAAAGUAAUGAAGUUAUCUCACUCAGGAGUGUAAUGUUAUGAGUCUACAAACUCAUAUUUUUUCGUUGAAAUGACUGUAUUUUAUUUAAAAAAACUGUAUUAUAGUGAUUUUGAGGUUAAGCAAUUUUUUAUUCUAACGGAAUGAAUGGAAAAUUAUUAUAGAUUAUUGCUUAUAUUUGGAUUUAAGAACGUAUAACAACGUGUACAGGUAUGAAACAUUGGUAAGUUUAAUUCAAAAUCUUGUUAAAACAAGUAGAAAAAUAUAUUAGAAAGUAAUUUAAAUGUAUAUAUUUAUGUAUAAGGAAUGUAGAAUAAUCUCUGAUUUCUUAUAGUAUAUCAACUAAUUUGUAAGAGCUCUGUCUUUGGGUCAUGUUUAGUGAAAACUAUCUUAUUUCUGAUAGACAUAAAUAUCAUACAGAUAAUGCUCUACCCUGUCAGUAUUAGACCCUAACGUUUGUACACUAUCCGCUAUAUAAUUGAAAACAUUUUGAAUAUUCCUUUUGCAAUUCGUCAAAAUGAUUAGAUCAUAUAAGCAUAUAUGAUUGUAAACAUUUAAGCAAUACUUAAAAUUAUAUUUUCCUUCAACAUGAUUAGAUAAUAUAGGUAUAUAUGUUUGUAAACAUCAGAUAUUCCAAAUUAUAUUUCCAAAUACCUAUAUUUUAUAAAUUAAUUUGACUGAAACGUGUAUUAAAUUAGUAUUAUAUGGAAUUUGUUAUUCAUUCGCUCAGUGUUCUAGUCACGUUCUGGUUAUCUAGUCAUACUAAUUUGUUAUUAAUUUAAUUAUAAGAUAGCAAUGAUUGCGUUUAUUGAAUUGUAAAUAAUAUUUUCUAUGAUCUCAGUAUUUCUUAUGGCCGCUUCGUUAGCCCUUAAAGGGAAGGCCGAAACUGGUGUUUGAUUAAGA